AAGAAGCACUAAUUACUGUGUUUAGAUUCAAGAAGGUUGACUUUCCGUUCUUCUCUAAAAACACUUCCCCCUCUGAUAGCUCAAUCGCAACACAGCAAUACUCGACUACUUCGUUGGAUGUACAGACAGAAAAUAGACGACACACUAUCAGUAACGCAAGUCCAUAUAUAAUUUCACCUACACAAUAUUCGAUAAUGAGACAUGCAUGGUACAAGACAAUGGCCACUAAACUCAACUGUACUUUGCCUCGACGAUGGAAAGUCAAAGCAGACGAAACUUCAUUGUUUAGUAUCACAAAACGACAAAGCCCUAGCGAGGCUGGUAGUGAGCCAGCAGUUAAUUUAGUAAACGAUGAAGACAAUGUCAGCAUCGAUGUAAAUAAAAUUGAUAUCAUAGAACCAAACAGUCGAGAUAAUGCGUAUUCCUUAUCAUCGACUUCCAGAGGAGACGGACCUAGCCAUGAAGAGGAAAUAACAACGGAUAUUAUUCAGGACAACGGAAAACAUAAUUUCUAUGCGUACUAUGACAAUAGAAGGGGCAAAGUAUCAGCAGCACCCAUUAAUUCACCGGUAACAUCUCUAUUUGAACGAUUUGCUAGUAUGCCUCGACAAUACAGCGAGAAACCAGAAGUUCUUGGUAAAGUUGGACGCUUUACUAUUGUUAGGGAACGAGAAGAUUUUGAUAGCACUCUCUUCGGAUGUCAUUAA